AUGUCGAUGAGCCCCAAGCAUACGACCCCCUUUUCCGUGUCCGACAUCCUGAGUCCACUGGAGGAGAGCUACAAGAAGGCGGCCGCCGCCGCCGCCGCCAUGGAAGCCGCCGGCGUUGGAGCAGCGGUGGCGGCCAACAACGGCGGCAACAACUUGGGGGGCUACCGGCAGCUGCAGGGGUCCCAGGCGGCCAUGCAGCAACACCACCUGGGGCCCAACGCCGGAGGUGGUGGCGGCGCUGGCGGCACCGUGUCUUACCACAUGAGCGCCGCCGGGGUGCCGCAGUUGUCCCAUGCCGCCGCUGUUAGCGCGGUGGGCGGCUACUGCAACGGCAGCGUGGCCGGUGAUCUGGCGCCCUACCAGGACGGAGUCAGGGCGGCCGCCGCCACCGGAUGGUACCCGGGCAACCCCGCCGCUGACCCACGCUUCUCUACGAUCUCCCGCUUCAUGCACGGCUCGUCGUCGGCCAUGAGCAUGGGCGCCAUGGGCGGGCUGGGCUCCCUGGCGGAGGCCCACGCCAAGGGCAUGCAUGGCUCGCUGAGCGCUGCGGUGCCGCGCCGGAAGCGCCGCGUGCUCUUCUCGCAGGCCCAAGUGUACGAACUGGAGCGCCGCUUCAAGCAGCAGAAGUACCUGUCGGCCCCCGAGCGCGAGCACCUGGCCAGCAUGAUCCACCUGACCCCCACCCAGGUCAAAAUCUGGUUCCAGAACCAUCGCUACAAGAUGAAGAGGCAAGCCAAGGACAAGGUGUCGCAGCAGCAGAUGCACCAGCAAGAGGGUGGCUCAGCGUCGGCUUGCCAGCAAUCACAGCAGCAGCAGCAAUCGCCCCGCAGGGUGGCGGUUCCUGUUCUGGUUAAGGACGGCAAGCCGUGUCAAGGGAGCGGGCCGACGGCGGGGCAGCAGCAGCAACAGCACCACCACCAUCAACAUCAUCACAACCACGCCCACAACCAGCACCCGCACGGGCAUCCGCAACAGCAGCAGCAGCAGCAAGCCACCAACGUGAUCCUCAUGUCCGGCCAGCAGCAGGCGGGCAGCGCCGGCCACUCUCCGGAGUUGGUGGCCGCCGGUGCACCGCCGUUGUCUGCCAGCCCGCCGUCGCUGCACGGCGGCCAAGUGGGCGGACUGUCACACCUCAAUUCGCCCGCCGCUGAGUACGGAAGCGCGUUGCAGUGCUCGGCGCUCUUGUACGGCAGGACGUGGUGA